ACAAAUCAAAAGGCUAAGGGAUCACUCACCCUAUGCUCAUUAUUCCCCAACCAAAGUUUGCUUUUUCCCUUUCUCACUUUCUAACAAAAUAUAGCCGUUUUCUUACUCCCCAAAGAGUUGUUCUUUGGAGCCUCUGGUUGCCUCCUCCUUGCUAUUCUCUGUCAGAUAAUGUAAAACCCAGAAAAGGUUCAGGAAGAUUUGGCUCUGGAAAAGGAUUUUGAGACGCCCUAAAAGAGAUUGUCUUGGUGAAAAUGGCUUUCAGGUGGUUCUUUGGUCUGCUUCUUAUCCACAUUGCGCUUCUCUCCGGCUUGUGUUUUGCUGACGAUCCAUUUGUCUUCUAUAAUUUUGAGAUCUCUUAUAUCACUGCUUCUCCUCUGGGUGUACCCCAACAGGUAAUUGCAAUUAACGGCAAGUUUCCUGGUCCUACUAUUAACGUUACAACCAACAACAAUGUGGUUGUCAAUGUUCGUAACAAAUUGGACGAGAAUGUGCUCCUUCAUUGGUCUGGGAUCCAGCAAAGGCGUAGUUCAUGGCAAGAUGGGCUUCCUGGAACAAACUGUCCAAUUCCUCCAAAGUGGAAUUGGACUUACCAGUUUCAAGUCAAGGACCAGAUUGGGAGUUUCUUCUACUUCCCAUCACUGAACCUCCAAAGAGCUUCUGGUGGUUUUGGCAGUUUUAUCAUAAACAAUAGGCCAAUUAUUCCAAUUCCUUUUGCAACCCCAGAUGGGGAUAUUGUCAUCUUGAUUGGUGAUUGGUACACCCGGAACCACACGGCCUUGAGGAAGGCCCUCGAUGCUGGUAAAGAUCUAGGGAUGCCAGAUGGAGUUCUUAUUAAUGGCAAAGGCCCUUACAGAUAUAACACUACUCUUGUGCCUGAUGGCAUUGAUCAUGAGACAAUUGAAGUUCACCCAGGGAAAACUUACCGCCUUCGUGUGCACAACGUUGGAACAUCAACCUCCUUGAAUUUUAGAAUUCAGAAUCAUAAUUUGCUUCUCGCAGAGUCUGAGGGAUCAUAUACAGUGCAGCAAAAUUAUACUAGCUUAGACAUACAUGUAGGACAAUCUUUUUCUUUUCUGGUAACUAUGGAUCAGAACGCAAGUAGCGAUUACUACAUUGUAGCAAGUGCUAGGUUCGUGAAUCAAUCACAAUGGCAAAGAGUUACUGGUGUCGCCAUUUUGCACUACACAAAUUCCAAAGGCAAGGCAGCUGGCCCCCUCCCAGAUCCACCAAAUGAUGAAUAUGACAAGACAUUUUCAAUGAACCAGGCAAGAUCAAUCAGAUGGAAUGUAUCCGCUAGUGGAGCUCGCCCUAACCCACAGGGUUCUUUUAGAUAUGGUUCAAUCAAUGUGACACAAGUUUAUGUGUUGAGAAACAAGCCACCAGUUACAAUUAAUGGAAAAAAACGGACAACACUCAGUGGGAUAUCAUUUGUCAAUCCUGCCACACCAAUCCGACUUGCUGACCAGUACAAGCUAAAGAGAGUAUAUAAGCUUGAUUUUCCCUCUAAGCCACUUACAGGACCUCCCCAGAUGGAAACAUCAGUAAUUAAUGGGACAUAUAGGGGGUUUAUGGAAGUCAUCCUCCAGAACAAUGAUACCAAGGUGCAGACCUAUCACAUGAGUGGAUAUGCAUUUUUCGUUGUUGGAAUGGACUAUGGUGAGUGGACAGAGAAUAGCAGAGGCACCUAUAAUAAGUGGGAUGGCAUUGCACGCAGCACAGUACAGGUUUAUCCUGGUGCAUGGACCGUAAUCUUGAUAUCACUUGACAAUGUUGGAGUCUGGAACCUCAGAACAGAAAACCUUGAUUCAUGGUACCUUGGCCAAGAAACUUAUGUCAGGAUUGUCAAUCCUGAGGCUAAUAACAAAACUGAGUUCCCUAUGCCAGAUAAUGCUCUCUUCUGUGGUGCCCUAAGCAAAUUGCAGAAGCCACAAGAUAUCUCCUCAGCAACAUCAAUCACAGGCAAGAGCUUGAAGCUGAUUAUCAUCGGUGUUUUAGUUUUCCUCUUUUUGUAGGUUUUUUCUUUUUGAGGUGUUUCCUGGUGUUGCUUGGUGGAUGGAGCUUGGCUUCUUAAUGAGUCGAUUGUCACUUUGUGUGUGUUUAUGUUUGUAAUUUUAGUCCUGUUGAUACGGAUGUUAGGUGAUUUUGAAUUGUGUUUUUUUCUUCUUUUUAUCCCUACUGCAAUGUUGUUAAUGCUCCUGGGGUUUAAUUUACUUGGAAUAUCAUUCUUUUAAUACCUAUAAUUUAUGUACUGAUGACAAUUCCUCAAUUUUUAAUACAACUUAACAUCAUAU